UCACCUGAGGACAGAGUACAGGUUAUGUUUCCUGAGCAAAAGCCAAGCUCUGCUGCUCACAGCCGCUCCAGCCACCAUGAAGACCACGGGGGUGUUGCUGCUGCUCUCUCUGGCCCUUUUCUGCAUCUCAGUUCCAGCUACUGAUGCGCUGCAGGCUGCAUCCGUCUACUGCAGGAACCAGAAGACACUCAGGAAUUUUUGUACCAUGGAGUAUGUCCCGCACUGUGGGUCUGAUAGUGUCACUUACCCCAACAAAUGCAUGUUCUGCAAUGCAUUCCUGAGAAGCCGUGGAGGUCUUAGCUUGAGGUCCAUUAGUGCAUGUUAAGUUCUCGGCAGGAUUCAGCUGAGAAAGAGGAUCCCUCCCUGGCAAUGCUCCCCGUGGCAGAUGACUUCCUAAACCCUUGGCCUGACCCUUAAAAACUUGUCAAUCCUGAAACCUCUGCUUAAUAAAAAAAAGUCCCAGCA